AUGGGGGCUGCGUAUAACCCGGAUGGCGAACCCAGUCCUUUAUCGUCUCCGUUGGGACCGCUCUCCGAGUCGCCCGAGUCGGAACCGGGAUUCCAAAGACUUUCCUUGCAGACGGACCAGCCCUUGAGAAGCUCGACAGAGAGCAUUUGCUCGGGAUAUGACCCUCUUUCAAGCAGAUCCCCGCUAUUCGAGAGCGAACAUGGACUCGGUCCAUCUGGACUGGAUCGUAUACGUCAGCACCAGCCGUCCCGUGUUCUGACCCUUCCAAACCUGUCGACGUCGUCGCUGGCCCCGAUCCCUUCUCAGCGCCCCUCUCCGUCACCGCGUUCGCGCUCGUCGUCUCGAGCGCACACCAGUCGCAUGUCGAUGAGCCGGAGCUGUGCGGAUCUGGAGGAUCUCCAUCGAUUUCCUCUGGAGUCCCUACAUUCAUUUUCUUUUGCCCAACAGUCUGAGGAAUUAAUCCAAAAUCGGCACAACAUUCUCAAACGGUCGAUUGAUUUUAUGCGCGACCGCAUGGGAUGGGCCGCCAGCAACCCAGCAAUCGCCAAUGCACAGGCCAAUGUCACGGGCGACGCGGAUAUCCAGAGCAUGAUGGACCUUCUGGCCCGAGCGAAUGUGCUUACAAAUGACGAGCAUUCCACCCACGCCAGAGGACCCCUCACAGGACCCGCGGAUGUGAAUGGCGACAAUGUUUUCGAAAAGGCCUUCUCAGACACCAGCUCAUCUCCCCUCAGCGCCCGAGAUGCAACCCAGGAACUGUACCCUGGGUCCCAGGGAACCUCGGACGGCUCGCAGCUGUUGAGCCCGCUCCCCACUGAUCGUAUUCCGCACCAGAGGAUGGACCUAAAAUCCGCCCCAUCGUCCAGGCGCGUAAGCUUAAAACGUACAUACACGGACCUGAGCUCUGCCUCCCUCAAGAGCAAGCUGAUGGAAACACUAGCGCAACCAUACGCCUCCGCGGAUCCUUUCACUUCCCUGAGCUCUUCGACGGCUGGAUUGGGUGUCCCAAUCCCGGCCUUGCAUACCCACAGCAGCAAAUGGACCCCGGUCUCCCAGGCCGUAUUCAGGACCGAAGCCCAAGCACCGUGGACCAUCCUCGCAGCUAAUGACCUUUCCUGUCUUAUAUUUGGAGUCGCCCAGUCCGAGGUUCGUCGGCUCAGUAUCCUCGAAGUCGUACAAAAAGAGCACAGACAGUGGCUUGAGGACAAGCUUCGGGACCCCAGUACUGAUGCCGCAGCCCGAGCGCCACUUCAAUCGGGUCAACCUAACAUCUCCGCUGUAAACCCGAAGUUUCGAGAGCUAGGGAAUGGCGUGACGGCACAGCUGCUCAGUAAGCCUUCUUCACGGGAAAAGAAGCCCCGGAGAGCCCAGACAGACGACGGAUAUGGUUCAAGCACGCGAACCCCCCGAAACCCCAACCAUCCAGCCCACAAGUCGCGAGGGGUUCUCUUGUGUGGAGAUGUGGUCCCAAUCCAGAAGCGAGACGGCGGUAAGGGCUCGGCCAGCGUCUGGGUCAUGGAGAAGCGUGGUGGCCUGAUUUGGGUAAUGGAGGAGAUCACUGAGAAUGUCGCUUUCGUCCGCUGCGACGAUUCCUGGAACGUCGUGGAUGCCCAUGGAGAUGCCGACAAGAUCUGGGGUUCAUCUAUAGUUCGACAAGGCCAGCCGAUCACCGAAAUUCUCCCGUGUCUACCGUCCGAGUCUCUCGAGACCUCACCCGAGAAGGGAUUGGCUAAUAUUCUGGAUUUGAAACACUUCGCCGCUCGCACUUCGGCCGGGGUGUGCAUUCCCGUGACCGUGGGCAAGGCGGAAGGGGACCGCACACUCCAAGUAUCGAGCUUUCCCCAUGUUGCUGGCAUGAUGGUGCUGUCAUCUGCAUCUUUGAAUGUCAUGAGCUCCAACUCUGUGUUUUCCUCUGUUCUCUUUGGCCAGGAACGCCCCGAGGGGCUUCAUAUCACAGAGCUUGUGCCAGGGUUUGACGAGAUUCUGGAUGUCCUGACUGAGGAAGACAAUGUGCCCCUAGUGGACGGAAUUGUCAUUCCUGAACACAGCUUUCGGCGGGCACGAACGCUGUCCAUCCUUCGCGAUGGAAAAGCCAACGCAGCGUCAGUCUUCAACGAGCCCAGUGGCCUGUUAGCCAAACACCGGGACGGCUCGACUAUUGUCGUGGAUAUCCAGUUGCGGGUGGUCAAAAGCGGUUCCUUCUUCUCCAAGGAGCAGGCGGAAAAGCUCGACUCCCGCAGCAGCGAUUCAGAUGACAGUGAUGAUACGAUCGCGGUGACUGAGCUUGUCUACGCCUUGUGGAUCACCUACUCGAGGCAAAUCCAUGCCGCCGGGGCCGCUGCUAAUCUCUCGUCAUCGUUGCCGACUUCUCCCACGCCCACUGCGUCAGAUCGCCCAUCCGCCGCCGGCUCCGGGACGCAGCCCAUUGACACCAACAAACCCACCGUGGAAGUUCAAGGCCCGACCUCAACUCUGAGUCAACAACUCAGCGAAGCUGCCUCCGAGCCACUGACGGACCGGCCCGUCCAGCCGGUUCCCGAAGUCAUGCCCGCCAAUGCAAAGAAAGAGUCACAAAAACGAAGCAUUGACGACUACGUGAUCCUGGAGGAGAUGGGCCAAGGCGCCUAUGGGCAGGUCAAACUGGCCCGUCUUAAAAAGCAACCCCUGAAGAAGAUGGUGCUCAAGUAUGUCACAAAGAAGCGGAUCUUGGUGGAUACAUGGACCCGUGAUCGGCGUCUGGGGACGGUACCCUUGGAAAUCCACGUCCUGGACUUCCUCAGGCGGGACGGGCUCAAACACCCCAACAUUAUGGAGAUGGAAGGUUUUUUCGAAGACGACGUCAACUAUUACAUCGAGAUGGUUCCGCAUGGGCUCCCGGGCAUGGACCUCUUCGACUACAUUGAGCUCAAGGCAAACAUGGACGAGUCGGAGUGCCGGGCCAUUUUCAGACAAGUCGUGAGCGCAAUUCACCAUUUGCAUACCAAGGCUUUGGUGGUCCAUCGCGAUAUCAAGGACGAAAAUGUGGUUCUCGACGGAGAGGGACGAAUCAAGUUGAUCGACUUCGGCAGCGCGGCCUACAUCAAAAACGGGCCAUUUGAUGUUUUUGUGGGCACGAUUGACUAUGCGGCUCCGGAGGUUCUGCAGGGCAAAUCCUACCGAGGCAAAGAACAGGACAUCUGGGCCCUGGGCAUCCUCCUCUAUACGAUUGUCUACAAGGAGAAUCCGUUCUACAAUGUCGACGAGAUCCUCGAUCAUCCACUCCGCAUUCCCUUCCUCCCCUUCUCGGAAGCCUGUAUCGACCUGAUCCGCAAGAUGCUUGACCGCGAUGUCGACAACCGGCUGACCAUCACCGAGGUGCUCGAACACCCGUGGAUGAUGGAUAACUAA